GUUGUCAGGACGCACCAAGCUAGCGCACCACUCUGUUAGCUAAUAACGGAUUAGGGGAGAUUUAGUUAACGAUGAAACGUUUACUUAUGCAUCAACACGGGUGUUUUAGCUCCGAACUGCCUCCUUGAUCUGACUAAAAAGCGCUGCGGUGAAAGCGUAACUUUUUUUUUUAAUCGAACCAGACUGUUGUUGUGUGGGGUUUGCUAUCUCGGCGAAUGAGCGUCAACAUGUCGAAACUAAACAUGGACCAUCUACAGCAGCAGGACGACUCUGGUGUCAGAGAAGAUUCCUCCUCUUUGCCUCCCCUCCGCUCCAUUCGACCGCCCGUCCAGAGGAGCAGCGUCUGUUCUCGGGCAUACUUCGUCGUGGUGAUGGUCUUCUUUCACGUCUACAUUCUGAAUGUCAUCGCCCUGUUGAUGUACGUGCACUACAAUAAUGGCCAUAGAGACCCUGUCGCUGGCGAUGAGCCUUUCUCUUCAUCUGCCAGCGAGGGUGAAAGUCCUCCCCUCCAUCCAACGCCUCCUGAAAUUGAACUGCGAGUGGUGGGGCUCAGUCAUCAUUUCAGACUUCCUCGCACGGAGGGGAUAAGGGUGGGACAUGUUCAGGCAGUCUCCCUCAUGGCGGACAGAACGCACAAGAUGAAAACGCUCAGCCUGAAGCCUCUGUUAUUCGAGAUCCCUGGCUUCCUGUCAGAGGAGGAGUGCCGAGUGGUGGUGCAGCUGGCCCAGCUGAAGGGUCUGAUGGAAAGCCAGAUGACCGAAGGCAGCCAGUCAAACCAGCAAGACGAGUCAAACCAGCCACUUCUUUCGCUGAGCACCGAGGAGGUCUUUAGUCUGUUGGACCUCAACCAGGAUGGGUUGUUACAGAAACAGGAGAUUGUGAGUCACUCACGCUCCCAAGAUGGGACUUGGUUGAGUCCAGACAACCUGCAUCAGAUACUCACUGGUCUGGAAGUCUGCUCAACAGGGAUGCUGAACCUGGAGGAAUUUAAGCGUGUUUACGACGUGUCCCAAAGCCCAGGACAAGAACAAAGUGAGAAACUCUGGAGUCGGUUCAAGCAGAGAAGCAAACAUACGUGGCUUUAUCAAGGCCCUGGAUCCCAUCACGUGCUACAGAUACUAAGGAGCCGUGUAACAAUCCUUACUCGUCUGCCUACUUCAUUGGUUGAGAUGAGCGAGCCACUACAAGUAUUUCGUUAUGAUCUCGGAGACUUCAGCGAUGCCCAUCACGACAGCAGCUCACACCGUGCAGAAACCACCUGCACGCACACACGACUAGCAAGAAAUGCUUCGACCUUCAAAGAGGUUUCCUGCAGGUAUCUUACUGUGUUGAUCUACCUCAACCCUGUAGAAGAGGGCGGCGAGACCACGUUUCCUGUAGCAGACAACCGUACGUACGACGAGCAGGCACUGAUCCAAGAUGGAGUUGAUUUAACAGACACCCGGAAGACAUGUGGGCGAGGGAACCUAAAGAUAAAACCCACUGUGGGGACGGCACUCCUCUUGUACAACCAUCUCUCCGAUGGCCAAGGUUGGAUGGGCGAGCUUGAUGAGUAUUCCUUGCAUGGCGACUGCCCAGUAAAGCGUGGCCUCAAGUGGGUCGCCAACCUCUGGGUAAAUGUGGACCCAGACCACCAGCAGCAGGCCCGUUACCAGAGACUAUUUGCUGAAAGGUAUCAAGCUAAGUCAGGCAUGGAGGAGCACUCUCAACCACUUUCACACAUUGACCUCCAUCAGGAUCUAUAGCCAAGUACCUCGGACUGCUCGUUAAUUUAUGUUUACUGCAAUGUUGUAUACAGGCAUCCAUCCAUUUUCUGUCGUGCUUGCCCUCAUAAUCCUCACAGGUGAGCUGGUGUUUAUAACAAAUCAAUCACAAGGCACCUAUAGUCAAGUCAAUGUUAUUCAUAUAGCGUCAGUUCACAACAUAAGUUAUCUUAUAGCACUUUACACAUGGAGCAGGUUUAAAACUACACUCCUAAUACAUUUAAGAGAACCAACUGAACCCCACAUGAGUGAGAACUUGGUGACGAAGGCAGAGGAAAAACUCAACCUCUCGGGAAGAAACCUCGAACAGAAGCCAGUUUUUGUGGUGAGGCUGUCUUCUCUCAACAAGUUGGAUAGUGAUAGUUGGAUUGAGGAGCGAUAGUGAGAAUGUAGACAUUGGCAAGUUGUACAUUCCGUACCUUGGCCCUUAUUGGAGACUUAAUUGACUUUUAAACGUCUCAGUUAAACCAUCAAUAAUACCGGUAUACAAAAGCUAAAUAUUACACAUCUAUUGUUGUUCUCAUCCAACCAGGAUUGUAUUCUCAAGGCAUCCAAUAGAUCACACCUGGAUUGUUCCGUUUGUCUUAGAAGAUGUUUCGCCUCCCAUCCGAGCAAGCUUCAUCAGUUCAUGCUCAUAGACUUAGAUUGGUCAGACCAUUGGCAUUGCAUUGAUAGCAACUGGAUCCGGCCAAUAGACCUAGAGCUGAGUCUAUGAGCAUAAACUCAUGAGGCCUGCUCACAUGAGAGGCUAAAUUUUUCUAAGACAAACUGAACAGUCCAGCUGCAAUUAAAUGCCUUGAAAAAUCUUAACAAGGCAUGGCAGUCUUCCAGAUGACAGUCAAACAUAUACAGUAGCUAGCAAACAUUUCAGAUCAUAGUGUUUGUUGAAUAAGACAAAAUGAACCUGUUCGACUUCUAAACGACAUCAUCAUCUGGAUCAGCUCAGAAUCGAUAUUUUUGGCAAAAACAUGAAAAUAAUCAAAUGCAUCAUACCAGAAAUGCUGAUUUUUUAAAAAGUCUAACUCAACUGUAUUGUCUGCAGACUGCUACAGUCUGAACCUAGUUUGUCAGUUUUGUUCUGAUCAACCAUUCAGAGGAUGGAAAAAAGCUGACGUUUAUGUAAUCUCCUAGCGCUCUCUUCUCUCAAUCUACAAACGAAGUUCAGUCUCCGGUAUCACAAUUUGGUUCUUUUAGGUCCGUUUUAAAAGGAAAAAUGACCAUAAUUAUAAAGAUUAGGUUGGAUAAAUCUAAAAAUGCAUACAUGUAUUAACAUAAAUUACACCUUCAUUUGAAUAUCAGGUAUGUAAGAACAAUUUAUUAAAUUGAGUUAGUGCAGUAAUUUCUAAUACUGCCUAAUAUUGCCACAUGUUACUUGUUAAUACCACCAUUUUUUAGUACAAUGUUCUGCAAGUACUUUAAUAAUAAUGACAUAUUUAUUUAUAAUACUGUACUGUAUUUAAAGCGUAUCAUAUUUAUUCGCCAGACUAUUUAUUUGAGUGUUAUUUAUUCCUGUUGUCCUGUUAAAUUAUUGGGAUACAUAUGUAUUGUUGUUGCACUGAAUUUUGUCUUUGUAUUUCAUUGUAUUCUAUGAAAUGAAAUGACAUUUUUUAAAUGUUUAAGCGGUCUUGAGUUUAUUUUCUUGCCAGUCUCCUAAUAUAAUAUAUGCAGUGUCCACUAGAUGUCAGCUGUGGAACAUGAGCAUGUUGGCAGGUUGUACGUGAGAUGUCAUUAAAGGCUGAAGAGGCUCUAAUGGAUGACCAGUCUCCUCUACCUCGCCGUCAUAGUUUCGGGGACACCAGUGCUGAGGAUUCAUGCCCUUGUUAAGACAGUCAACAACGGCUGUCACCCAUCAGCAUUCAAUGGAAUGCAGCAAAGCCUUAUAACACCCGGGUUUAUUGUGAAGGCACCUGCAGUUUGCUGCGGCCCAAUAUGGCAACCGUCCUCUUUGGAGGUGCCUUUGAAAGUCUUGAGCUCAAUGACGUAUGUGGUGC